CUCUGACACCAAAUUUUUCAGAUUUUUCCUUUUUUUGUGGCUGGUGAAGGUUUGAAAGUCUUAUCCUUCACAGACAGACAAGAAGCAAAACUGAGAAAAGCUUCGAUGUCUGUAGUAUCAACUAACAUGAACACGAUUAGUCACUUGUCCUCCACAACUUGUAAACUCCCAAAUCUCCAAUCACCCAUUCGCUUCGAUCGUAAACCCUUUUCAUAUCCUCUCAUUCCUCUGCUUCCAAAAACCCUAAAUGGCUUCUCUUACUCUUCAUCCGUUAGUCGCAGAUCCAGAUUCAUUAUUCCUAAGCGGCGACGACUCUCUGUUUCAAUGGAGUGGCAAGACUGCUCAGUGAAGAUGGAAGUAGAUGUUCCUGUCUCCGUAGCGUAUAAUUUCUAUUUGGAUCGUGAAUCUUUUCCUAAAUGGAUGCCUUUUAUUUCAUCCGUAGAGGUGUUAAAAGACAAGCCUGAUCUUUCACGCUGGUCACUCAAGUACAAUGCUUUUGGUCAAGACAUUAAGUAUUCUUGGCUUGCUCGGAAUCUACAGGCAAGAAUAUAUGAAAUGUUUUCAUUACACAAUGCUCUUAACUAUUGGUGUGUUAAACUGUUGGCUUUUGGUUUUUGUUUUUGCUUGUUGCAGCCUACUCUUAAUCAGAAGAUUCAUUGGAGAUCUCUUGAAGGUCUUCCUAAUAAAGGCAGUGUUCGGUUCUUCCCUAAAGGUCCUUCAUCGUGCAUCGUAGAACUAACUGUAUCAUAUGAAGUCCCUGCGCUAUUAACCCCCGUGGCAUCGGCGCUACGGCCUUUUAUAGAAAGAUUGCUUAGAGGUGGACUUGAAAGAUUUGCAACCAUGGCCAGAACCAUGUAAACAAGGAAUCUUUAUGCAUCUUUCUCUUGGUACAUACAUAUAUGAUCUGGAAACUCUAUCAAAUCUCAUGAUUAGGGAGCUUCUCUACUGUGACUUUUGUAUGACUAAAGUAACAAUCUUUCUUUCUCUAAUAAUUACACAAAUUCUUGUUUA